GUACAAUUGUAACAAAAUUUAUUUAUUAUCAUGCCAAAGAAAGACGAAGGAAGCAAGGGCGAUGACGCGAAGAAGGGAGACUCAAAGUCGGAUAAAAAGAAGCCGAAGAAAUCCAGCGGUUGCAUCGGGAAUAAAAGUCCCGGACCAGCUCAAUAUUUACUUCCGCCCCUGACCGGAUAUCCUCGUCACGACACCACCAAGUAUCGAAACCCAGCGUUCUCCCUUCGAGGCCGACAAACCGCGUCGUUGCCCUGCAACAGUCCCGGGCCAAAGUACAACGCGAAAAAACCUCCGAAAUACCCUGACCCCAAGUUCAGCAUCGGAUCUCGCGGUACGUCGGUUGUGAAAUCGUGUACUCCCGGCCCCUACAAACUUCCGGAUGCUCCGAGGGCACCGAUUUUCAGUAUCGCCAGCAGAACGAACCCCAGGAGUGCCGGUGUGACGCCAGGACCUUACAAUCUUCCGCCCGUGAUGGGCUGCAAUGUGAUUGAAAAACCAGGGGCACCUUGUUUCACCUUCGGAGCUCGCCCUUACGGGACGAGGUGCGACGGCGGCCCCGGGCCAAAGUUCGGGCCGAUGAACUUGGACGUAGUAAAACCGAGGGCACCCAAGUUCAGUCUCAGAGGCAGGCAAACGGGAGGUUCGAAAUCAUGUGGCCCCGGACCGAAGUAUGACGUGAGCUACAAGUGCAAAUGCGCACCGAAGUUCACCUUUGGUAUCAAACACAGCGAGUGCGCACCGCCUUUGAUAACGGAGUGCGAUGAUAAAUGUUGAAACUCACACGGUGCUUUUGGGUGAAAUGAAAUUAAAUAUUUACACGAAAACGAACGCAACGCUUCAUUACUCGUAAUCGGAUAAUCGACUCGCGAAAACACCAGCAAAACUCACCUCAAAUUAGAAAAAUAUAUCGAUACUGAUUCUACGGAUCAUCGAUACCGAUACCGAUACCGAUAGGAUUUGUUUUAGUCAAGUAUACUUCGUCAUCUCUUCUGCGCCAUCGAUGGAGCAGAGCUGGAAAGUAGUUUGUAAGCGGCGUCGGUAAAAUAUGGAAGGAAAUGUUCGCAGUUCAAGACACCCUUUGAUAAAUUACAGCGCGAGUGAUACCAUUUUCUUUGUACAGCGUUAUCGAUUUUUCGUUACUCAGUUUCACCUGCUAUCAUCUGUUUGCGAUUUACGAUAUGAAAUUGCUAAUCGGAUUAAACUAAAGAGCAUUUGCUAAUUGAAACGGUAUCUCUCGAUAAUCGCCCUUGAAUUUUCUCAAACAAGCGAAAUCCUCCAGAUCACAAAUUUUAACAACAAUUCCGGAAAAAUAGUAGCAAUAGAAGAACAUAAGAAUACGAGAGAUUGUAGAAUGUGAGAAAGUCGACGUGUUUCUCUAGCCGAUAUUAUCUACCAUUGUGUAUCGAGUUCGCGUAUAAAAGAGAAACACAUCGACACCUCGCA